AGGACACAAUCUCUCUUCCUCAAAUUCCGCCCCAAAAUGUCCUUUCCCAACAGCUCUCCUGCCGCUAAUACUUUUUUAGUAGAUUCUCUCAUCAGUGCGUGCAGGAGUGACAGUUUCUACUCCAACAGCGCCAGCAUGUAUAUGCCACCUAGCACAGACAUUGGGACGUAUGGGAUGCAAACCUGUGGACUCCUUCCGUCUCUGGCUAAGAGAGAAGUUAAUCACCAAAAUAUGGGUAUGAAUGUACAUCCUUAUAUACCUCAAGUAGACACUUGGACAGACCCGAACAGAUCUUGUCGAAUAGAGCAACCUGUUACACAGCAGGUCCCCACUUGUUCCUUCACUACAAAUAUUAAAGAAGAAAGCAAUUGCUGCAUGUAUUCCGAUAAGAGAUCCAAACUCAUUUCUGCAGACGUCCCUUCCUACCAGAGGCUGGUGUCUGAAUCAUGCCCCAUUGAGAACCCCGAGGUUCCUGUCCCAGGAUAUUUUAGACUGAGCCAGACCUACGCCACUGGGAAAACCCAAGAGUACAAUAAUAGCCCUGAAACGAGUUCAACUGUAAUGUUACAGUUAAACCCUCGCGGCAGCUCCAAACCGCAGAUAUCUGCUCAACUUCAGCUGGAAAAGAAAAUGAAUGAGAACCCGAACAACCAAGACAGCACCGCUAAAGUCUCUCAAGUGGAAAGUCCCGAGCCCAAGUCCACGUUGCAAGAGGAGCGGAGCUGUCUGCCCGAAGGCUCCGUGUCCAGCCCAGAAGUCCAGGAGAAGGAGAGUAAAGAGGAAAUCAAGUCUGAUACUCCAACAAGCAAUUGGUUAACUGCAAAGAGUGGCAGAAAGAAGAGGUGUCCUUAUACUAAACACCAAACACUGGAAUUAGAGAAAGAGUUCUUAUUCAAUAUGUAUCUCACUCGAGAGCGCCGUCUAGAGAUCAGUAAGAGCGUAAACCUCACUGACAGGCAGGUCAAGAUUUGGUUUCAAAACCGCAGAAUGAAGCUCAAGAAGAUGAGCAGGGAGAACCGAAUCCGGGAACUGACCGCUAAUCUGACCUUCUCUUAAACCCUAACCCCGGGGGGGGGCACCAGUGAGGAAUGGGCACAGCACCACCACUUGAUAAAGGCAGGAGAGACUCUGGCAAAACCCGGCAUUUUCCAGUUUUGUUUUGUUUUGUUUUGUUUUCUGAUAGAAUGUGACUCUUCGUCCUUCUUUUAGCGCUGCAAGUGAAUAUGUAUUACUAUGAUGAGUAUAUAUAAAACCUAGCACGUGUAAUUUAUUUUUGUUCUCAUCGUAAUGCAGGGUAACUAUUAUUGAAUAUUAUCAUUUGGUCUUAACUUAUUGGAACUGUCGAACAUCCAAGCAAUGUGACUUUUUCAUGUUUUUACUAACAAAAUGGUAUUUAUGUGGGGCUGUUACACGGGCCAUAACAUUUUGAGUACAUUCAAUACUUUCAGAAAAAGAGUGGGGGAAACUGUGGGGGCGGGGGGAAAGAGAAGCACAUUAUAAUGUAACUAUUCUCUCAAAUGAACUUAGAGAUUGUCCUUCGUAAAAUGGAAUAUUUCCUUCUUCUCCAUUGUAGACAUUUCCUUGUGGUGCAUAUGUGGAAUAGUAGUCGUUCAGCAGCAAAUUGUCCUUCUUGUGCAUGUUCUGUUUGCAUGUAUAAUGCAAUAAACUCU